GCAGACUGGAAGUAGUACAUUCAUUCAACUGGACCGGACUUCCAAUAGAAAACAGCAUGAGGAUUAUUUCUGACAAAUCUUAUUGUUUUCUUCACUUCCUCAAACUCCUCGCCUCAUCUUCUGUGCGCAACAGGUUAUAAUGCACAACCAAUUGAUGUAGGGGAGGAAAAAGAAGCAUGCUGUCAAGGUUCUGGCCCUUCAGCACCGAGCAGGAGGUCCACUCAUGGGAUGUAGUGGAUGCAGAGUCAGGUUCAACUCGGCCAAGGUGCUGUCCUUCCUCACCAUGGUCCUGAUCUUCACUUACUUCUUCUACUGCCUCACCGGGAUCUGCCACUCGGCUCCGAGGACUUUGUACGUGGACGAUGACCGUCGCAGCGUUCUUCUGGAACCUCUUCCAGGGAACCGAACCGCCUCACCAGAUGUCGUGCAGCCCCGCAGCCUGCUGGAGGACAACAACAACAACAACAACAUUCCCGUGUCCAACACUUUCGGGACCAAAAGGUUCCCGCAGGCCAUAAUCAUCGGCGUGAAGAAGGGAGGAACCCGCGCUUUGCUCGAGUUCCUCCGAAUCCAUCCGGACGUCAGAGCCGUGGGAGCUGAACCUCACUUCUUUGACAGGUUCUACGACAAAGGACUCGAGUGGUACAGGAACUUGAUGCCUCGAACCCUGGACGGUCAGAUCACCAUGGAGAAGACCCCCAGCUACUUUGUCACUAAGGAGGCUCCAGGUCGCGUCUGCACUUUGAACGGCCAAACCAAGCUCAUCGUGGUGGUCAGGGAUCCAGUGACUCGAGCUGUGUCUGACUACACUCAGACUCUCUCCAAGAACCCGGGCCUCCCCUCCUUCCAGAGCCUGGCCCUGAGGAACGCCUCGACAGCGGAACUCAUCGACACUUCAUGGAGCGCCGUCCGCAUCGGCCUCUAUGCCAAACAUCUGGAGAACUGGCUCCAGUAUUUCCCCUUGUCACAGUUUCUUUUUGUCUGCGGCGAGCGCUUGGUGUCCGAUCCUGCUGGGGAGAUGGGUCGGGUCCAGGACUUCCUGGGCCUGAAGAGGGUCGUCUCCGAGAAGCAUUUCUACUUUAACCAGACCAAAGGUUUCCCUUGCUUGAAGAAGCCCGAGGGAAGCAGCAGGCCUCGUUGUUUGGGGAAGUCAAAGGGGAGACCUCACCCUCAGAUUCCAGCGGAGGUCCUGCAGAAACUGAGAGACUUCUACAGACCUUACAACCACCGUUUCUACCAGAUGAGUGGGCAAGACUUUGGCUGGGACUAACAAGUGGAGGAUCCAGGGACUCUUUGAGUAGAACCAGACUCUCAGGAAUGUCCCCCUGACAUGCGACACUUUGUUGUUGUGUAAAAGCCGCCAUGAACGCUGCUAACAUGCAAGUUUCGUUUAUGACACAUAUUUGCUUACUUGUAUGGUAGCAUCAUAAAAAACGAAGGAAGGGAGUUGAACCAAAGGGAAAACAUUGCCUCAAAGUGUAUUUUUUGACUUGCUUUAAUUAAAUAAGCUGAUAUUUAUAGUUUUUUGUCAAGUAACAGACGAUUGAAAGAUUUCUAUGUAUUUAUUAUUACACGCCAAGACAAAUAACAAGACAAGAAAAAGGGGAAAAUGCCUUAAUCUGUAAUGAUGAACCACUAUUUGUUUUUAAACAGUAUUAACCUGACGGGGUUUCAUUUUCAUUACAGAAGGAAAUAUGUUGUACGAUUUGAAGCAUAUACGAGUUGUGUGAAUUCAUUCUUUGUGUUGUAAAGUUUUAUUUUCCAUGACAUUUGCCAGUGUCUUUGUUCAUUUCUUAGUCUCAUAAAACAACAGGCAAACUGCUCCGUGAAUUCAAACCAUUUGUUCUCCCUUAA